GCUAGAAGGAAGGAGUGGGUCUCUCUCGUCAGUCACACCAUUCAACUUAACUAACUUGCACGAGAGAGACAACGCAUCAAUGUGCGCAGCUAUCAGAUCAAACAUGCCUUAGUCGGUCGCAUCCACACACACACACGCAAUCACUCACUCACUCACUACACACACGUUCGGUUCGGACGCCCGCAAAUAAAGAGAGCCUCAGAGCCACCGAGAGAGACACACAGAGAAAGGUCUACAGAGAGGGAGACCCUCACACAAGGACAUAGGACAAUCCAACACAGUUACACUCUCUCGUGAGCCCCCCACCCCCACCAGCCAAGCCCCCCACCCAACAGACACACAGACGCACAUCAUCGCUGGCUGUCCGUCUGAUGAUUCUCCGAGAAUGGUGGCGGCGGCGGGGGCUCGACCACCCCAACCAGCCUGUUGAUCUGGUGGAACAGCAGCCGCCCCGCCCCCCCACCCCCGCUCCCACUCCCACCGUCAUGCUCAUCUCCCGCCUCACCACUCGCAGUCUGUGAGUGUGACAGCGGAGUGAGGUAGACGGACGUGGCCUGGCUGAGCGUCCGGGACCGAUGCUGCUGCUGCUGCUGCUGGGGGGUGCGGCUGCCGUGGUCGGCGAGGUGCUCGUGGUGGCUCUCGUCGAUCUUUUCCAGGCUGAUGGCCUGGAGCUCUGUGUGGUUGCCGGCAGAUGACUUGCGCUUCGCCUUUUGACUUGUGGUGCGGAUGGGCGAGAAGCCCCCGGCGCUCGAGUUGCUCUCCUCGUGCUCGAGGGUCAGCGGGGCCAGCGAGCCCCUCUCACUCAGCGACGCGUUGCUGCCGCCCCCCAGCCCGUCGGGUGAGCCCAGCGGGGCACUCGCCACGCUCCUCGACGCGGGAGGAAUUGACAUUAGCCGGGGCACCACCGGUCGAGGCCCACCACCCACACAAAUGCCUUCCGCCGGGGAGAAGAACGAGGGGUCUUGCGACAGUCGAAGGCAGAGGUCGGGGUGGCUGGAGCUGUGGUGGACCGCCGGGCCGUCCGACCGCUCUUGCUGUCGUUGCUGCUGUGUGUUGGCGGCAUGCACAUGCCCAUGCCCCUGGGCGGCGAGGGAGGUCCGCAGCCGCAUGGCGGGGGUGCGGCUGGUUUGCCCCGGGAGCCGCCAGGAUGAUGAUCCAGGUGUGUGUCGGUGUGGGUGUAGGUGUGGCAUCGGCAGCACCAGGUGGUUCCGCAGCGAUGGGUCUGACCUCGACAGAGGGAUGGACGAUGACCCAGCCGAUGAGCCCGUGGUGGCAGUGGUCGUGUUGGUAAUGGCAGCGGUGUGCUGCCGGUCUCUCUCCCGCGCUGCUGAGGCUGACGAGUGGCGCGUUAGUGAGGGGGGAUGGGCGGUGGUGAGCACCUUUGCGACCUGCCGGCGGUGGUGCUGUUGAAGUGUGUGGCUGUAGGAAGCCAGCGAACGACGGUCACCGCGGGAAUCGUCCUGCGAGAUGUGUCAAGCAAGACACACAAGACACACACACACACACACACACACACAGGGGGAGAGAGCCCGCAUGUGUGCGUGUGGGUGUGUGGGUGUGUGGGUGGAUUGGAUCUUGCCUGUGAGUGCGAAUGUGAGUGCGACGAGGCGAACGAGAACCGCAGCUGCGGCGAGGAGCCGCGGUGGGUCAGCAGGGGGGAGAGUCCCACACUGACACCACUGCUGGCUGGCGUCCCGCUCGCGUGUUUCCUCCUCCGGGCCCAUGCCAUCGAUCGGCUCACGUGCUGCUGGUGCUGGUGGUGCUGGUGGUGCUGUUGUGGGUGUGGGUGUGGGUGUGGGCGUUGUGUGUCGCGGAUCAUGCUGGCGAAUGAGGAGUAGAGCAUGAGAUGGCCGCCGCAGUUCUGACACUUGGGGGCACACACACGCACCAGGCGGUUCCAGAACUGACCGACCAGGGCACAGACAGACAGACAGACAGACAGACAGAGAGAGAGGGAGGGAGAGGGAUGGAGAGCUCACACCAAGUCUGUGUGUGCGUGUGUGUGUGUAUGUGUAUGUGUGUGUCUGGGAGGGGGGAGGGGGCAGGUACAUUACCUUGUCGAAGUCCCUGACGUCAUAGCAGUGGAACUGGACGGUCCUCGGAUAUGCCGCAACCUGCACAGACAAACGACCCAUUCCCACCCACCCCACACAGCAUGACCAUGACCACACACGCUUCGCUUCCUCCCUCCCCACCCACCCACCGCCCCAGCUCACAUCACCUCGAUGGUCCGCAAGGUCUCGCUGCUCCGGCCCCCACAGAUGUUCCGAACCGGCCGCUCCCACACGGUCAGCCGGCAGCCCGGCCAGAUGUACCUGAUUGCAAUCCAUGCCAUGGCAUCUAUCUCUCCAGUCAGUCAGUCGCUCAUCCCUCACUCACAGUCGUUCGCUGGGCGUGAAGUCCAUGUAGGUUCGGUAGGAGAGCAGCUGGCCGCCGCCGCAGGGCGAGUCGAGGAUAACCAUCCACCGCCGGCGCCACACCCCCAGGUAGCGGCUCUUCUUCGCCAGCCACACACCCUUCGGCAAACGAACUAUCGAGCUGCUCUGAGGACCUGGUGUACCAGGUCAACAAACAAACAGACAGACAAACAGACAACACGAACCACACAUGCCAUGCAGCCGACCGAUCUUCUGUCUGUCUGCUUGGAUCAUUGAUGAUGUGGCUGGCUGGCUGACCUUCGUAUAGCAGUUCGACGGGGUUGACCUCUGUCCACAGUAGCGACGCAUCCGUGCAGAUGAACGACGUCAUUUGCGGUCACCACGAUCUGCUUCUCCAGCUCAGCUCAGCCGCCGACGCUCCUACAUCACACAGUUUAGGCG